AUGGGGGUAGAAGGGCACGACACUGAAGAGACCCUUAAGAGACCGAUUGAGAACCUGAUAGAGCAAAAGCGGGUAGUGUUGAGGGAUGAGGAGGCCCCCAAUGUUACCAAUAACCCAUUGCCGGCUCACAACAACGGUCCAGUUAUUGGGAUGAUUUGUGAGGACAGGGAAUUCGACCCAGCUUUGAAGGCUAUCAUUGCUAUUGCCGAUGUUGAAAAUAAGCCCAAAGCUGCAGCAAAGCCAGCUAAGGAUGACAAGAAAAGUAACUCCACUCCUCAAAGAAUAGAAAAGACUGUGGAAGCUAAAACAGGGGCAGUACCUCCUAAAGAUGCCGUUCUUUAUGUUCCCAGGGCCCCCAGAAAAGAACAGUUCGUGUUGAGUCCCCCCAAAAGGUUCGAGCUAAACAAAGGACCUAAGAUGUACGUACCAAAGGGGACUUAUGUGGCGCGGGUGCCGAUAAUUUCGCCCAGGAUGAAUGAGCCCAAGGUUAUUAGCCGCGCACCACAGAAGCCCAUGAAGGACCCCAUGGCCGUCCCGUGGAACUACAACAAAGCAGUGGUGACAUACAAAGGAAAAGAAAUCAUGGGGGAAGUGAAUGAAACAAACCCGUAUGGGAAGUACCUCAAUUUGGAAGAAUUGAACAAGACCAAACAGAAGCGUUUUCCGCUUAAAAAGCCAGUCAGUGCUGAAGAGGCAGAGGAAUUCUUCCGAAAGAUGAAAACCUCGGAGUACGAUCUAAUUGACCAUCUCCGGAUGUCUCCCUCCCAGGUCUCAUUUUUGUCCCUACUAAUAAGUUCGAAUGAGCAUCCAAAAGUGUUGUUGAAGACGCUUAAUGAAGCAUAUGUUCCGGUCGAAACCACGGUUGAGCAGCUGGAAAGAAUGGCAGAACGAUUUUUUGAAGUCAACCGGAUCUCAUUCAGCCAUAAUGAUUUGCCUUCGGAAGGAGCGGCCCACAACAAAGCUCUUCAUUUUACCGUUAAGUGUAAAGGAUACUACGUGAAAAGAGUUAUGUUGGAUGGCGGAUCUAGGGUUGAUAUUUGCCCCCUUUCGACCUUACAAAGAAUGGAAAUUAGGACUGAAAGGAUUAGACCCAACAAUGUUUGUGUACGUGCCUUUGACGGCGUCAAGAGGGACACGAUAGGGGAGAUUGAUUUGAUCCUAACCAUCGGCCCCGUGGAUUUUGAAGUGACAUUUCAGGUUUUAGACAUGGACACCUCCUAG